AUGGCCGCCAAACAGGCGGUAUCCAGCCUCACUGAGACUCUUCCUCUCCGGCUGCGCAACUUCUUCGCUCGCUACCCGCCCCAAUUCUACUCCACAGCCUCAAUUCCCAAACCCACACCACCCGCCAACCUCUCCUCCGCCGCUCCCAGUCCAUACACCCCGUUCCGCGCUUCAAAAGCUUCCAGAAUAGCCGAAAAAGAGUCAUUUUCCAUAACUGAAUCGAUUCUCCGAUCCAAUGCCGAAUAUCCUAAUCCCUUCCUUCCUUUUCAGAAUCCAGAAACCGGCCGGUGGCGAGGCGCGGUGAUAUCGCUGCGACAGCAGAAUGACUUGGUUAAAUUAGCGCGGGUACAUGGAGUGGAGGAAUUGUUACCGCCGGGGCGCAAGUCUACGGAGUAUCGUGAGGCGCGAGUAGUUGAGAAGGGUUUGCGAAUCAAGGGUACGGGUAUAGGACAGAAGGUCAAGGGUCACAAAUGGGAAAGAACAAUGAAGGGAAGACUGGAAGAAAGGAAGAAAGCUAUGAUGGAAAUGCCAGAAAUGAUCAGGCUAUGGAAACAGCGUGGACAUGGAAGAGGCUGGAAGAAAUAUCCAAAGAAGUGA